AUGGCUAGCCUGGACGAAAAGCCGAUGCACAUGGCGCACGAUGAAGACAUCGAGUCUGCCCGUCCUGCCCGUCUUUCCCAAGAUGCCAUCUUCCAGAACCGAAACGCGUCUCUAAAGCAUGGCGAUCGAGCACUUGCACUGGUCGGAGACGAACGAGUCGAACUCACCGAAGAAGAUAACAAACGAAUUCGUAGGAAGACCGACAAGGUCAUCCUCUCCGUUCUCGCCUGGGUCUAUUUCCUCCAGAUCCUCGACAAGUCCGUCCUCGGAUAUGGCGCUCUCUUCGGGCUGCAGACAGACACCCAUCUUACCGGCGACCAAUAUUCGCUUCUGGGCUCCAUGGCCCCAAUUGCCCAGCUGGCCUGGCAACCCUUCUCUUCCUUCUUGAUCGUCAAGGUCCCGCAUCGGAUCUUGAUGCCCACUCUCUGCCUGGGAUGGGGCAUUGCUCAGGCUUCCAUGGCAGCAUGCCACAACGCCAGCUCUUUGAUGGCCACCCGUUUCUUCCUGGGACUCUUCGAAGCCGGCUGUCUGCCGCUGUUCAGUGUGAUUACCAGCCAGUGGUAUCGGCGAGCCGAGCAACCACUCCGGGUUGCCGUGUGGUACGGGACCAAUGGGAUGGGUACCAUUGUGGCUGCAGCCCUCUCCUACGGCUUAGGACAUAUCCCAUCCAGCAGUCUGCAGGAAUGGCAAAUCAUCUUCCUGUUUGUCGGCUUGGUGACCAUCGUUUCGGCCCCGGUGGUCUGGUGGUUUCUCGACAACGACAUCCCCUCCGCGCGCUUUUUGACGGAGCAGGAGAAAGCGCAGGCGAUCGAACGUCUUCGUGCCAACCAGACCGGCACCGGCUCCCGAGAGUUCAAGUGGGCGCACAUUGCCGAGCUUGCCCUGGAGCCCAAGACGUACCUCUGGAUCGGCAUGUCGCUUUUGCUCAACGUGGGCGCCUCCGUCACCAACACUUUCGGGCCUCUCAUCCUCCAGGGGGUUGGGUUUGACAAGUACAAGACCUCCUUACUGAAUAUGCCAUUCGGGGCGAUGCAGUUGCUGGUCAUCCUUGCCUCCUCAUACGCCGCACAAAAAGCCAAAGUCAAGUCGGCUGUACUCGCCGCACUCAUGCUUCCAGUCAUCGCAGGCCUGGCCGUUCUCUACGUCCUCCCCCGCGGCUCUAGUCACAUGGCCGGGCUGCUCGUGGCUUACUACCUGCUGGCGUUCCUCUUUGGCGGCAACCCGCUGAUCGUCUCGUGGAUUGUGGGCAACACUGGUGGCAGCACCAAGAAGUCCGUCAUCAUGUCUCUGUACAACGCAGGUUCCUCGGCGGGCAACAUCAUCGGCCCCUUGCUGUUUAACAAGAAAGACGCUCCCGCCUAUCACCCGGGUCUGAAGAAGGUUCUUGCCGUGUUCGUCACGCUGGUGGCGGUGGUCGGCAUGCAGCUAGCGAACUUGAUGUUCUUGAACAAGACCCACGCCCGAGCGCGAGUCAGGAAUGGCAAGGCUGCCGUGAUCAAAGAUCAUUCGAUGGAGGACAAAUACGUGGCGAUGGACGAACAGGUGGACGAGAAUGGCCAUAAGUUGGGUGAGAAGGCUUUCUUGGAUCUGACGGAUCGCAAGAAUGACGAGUUCAUGUAUAUUUACUAA